CGACGAUAGAUUUUUUUGGCAUGUUUGGAACAAUAGCCCGUAUAAGAUAAUGUAGGUUUAUCACAUAUUCUGCAUGGAGAUUUUAGCAUAUUAUUUGCACCCGAUUUCCAGUGGAGCGAACAUCCUGCCAAGCGGGUGCAGACUCGGCCACAAGUACUCCCAUCCUUUCUAAUAUGUGGGCAGGAAUAACUUGGGAGCAAGAAGAGAUGAAAACUUGGAGGAACGACGUGCUUAUGAAAUUCCUCCAUCACCCGGAUUUAGCCCCUUCAAAGCACAAACCAGGUGCUUUAUACGAUGCAUUCACCAAGACUAUUGUUUUAGGGUCAGAACAUAUAUUGGCUCUAGCGCGAGCAUUAUGCUAA